AUGAUCGCUGUAAAACUAUCACAAAAUUGCCUUCGAAGCUCUAUAAUUGGAGGGUAUCGCUCGAUCAGUUAUAGUGCUAUUUUAAAAGCAAAAGCGACAGAAAAUCCUUACACGAAGACCCUGCUGUUACCAAAAACAAAGUUCCCUCUGAGGGCAGAUGCAGCUAAAAGAGAACAUUUGUUUAGAGAACGCUGUACAAAGGAUUUAUAUUCUUGGCAGCUGGAAAACAAUCCAAAAGAUAUUUUCGUUCUUCAUGAUGGUCCACCCUAUGCUAACGGCAACGUCCACUCGGGUCAUGCUAUGAAUAAGAUUUUGAAAGAUAUUGUGAAUCGUUAUAAAGUACUUCAAGGACACAAAGUUUUUUAUCGUCCCGGGUGGGACUGCCAUGGGCUCCCUAUAGAAUUGAAAGCACUGCAGCAUAUUCGCAGAAAAGGAAGUGAUUCAGCAUUAACACCAAUGGAUAUCCGUAAAAUUGCAAAGCAAAAGGCCCUAAGUGAAGUGAAACAACAAAUGGAAAGCUUUAAAAGUUGGGGUGUCAUGGGCGAUUGGGAAAAACCAUACUUGACACUUACCAAGGAUUACGAAAUGAGACAAUUGCAAGUUUUAACAGAUAUGAUUAAACAUGGAUAUAUUUACAGACAAUUAAAGCCAGUUUAUUGGUCACCAUCAUCAAGAACCGCUUUAGCCGAGUCCGAGUUGGAAUACAAAGAUGACCAUAUAUCAAAGUCAAUUCAUGUUCGCUUUCCUUUGACUUCGGUUGCAACAAAUUUACAAGAUCGGUGGAAGCACUAUGGUUCAAUAUAUGCUCUUAUUUGGACUACAACGCCGUGGACAAUACCUGCGAAUAAAGCUAUCUCCGUCCAUCCUAAGUUGGAAUAUACGUUAGUAAAAGUUGAAGGACAUGAAAGUAUGAGCGGCGUAUAUAUUGUAGGAAGCGCACGUGUUGAAGCCUUUAAAAAAGACUUGGGGGUACAAGCAGUGGAAAUUUUAGAUGAAGUCAAGGGGAGUGAUCUUCUGGGAUGCCGUUAUGAGCAUCCAUUAAAUCACGAUCUAAUGCCUAUUAUUGCUGGAGAACAUGUUACUGCUGAGUCUGGUACUGGAUUAGUACAUACUGCUCCUGGUCAUGGUAUGGAAGACUAUGAAGUAUGCCUUCGUCACGAUAUUCAACCAUUUAGUCCAGUGGAUGAUUUUGGCAGAUUCACUAGCCAAGCAGGCCCUGAACUUGAAGGCAAAGAGGCAUUCACGGAAGGCACUUCAGCCGUCAUUGACAUGCUUGAUUCAAAUUCCUCAUUGGUUAUUCAACAGGACUAUACCCAUAAGUACCCAUAUGACUGGCGAACCAAACAGCCUGUUAUGUUGCGCGCUACUGCUCAAUGGUUUGCGAACGUUGAACAUCUGCAAAAUUUAGCAGAUUCAGUAAAUUACAUUAUCAAGAUUCUUCAAGAAAAAGGUACAGAUGCAUGGUGGGAGGAACCAGAUGACUCAAUUUUUGUAGCUCCUCAAUAUCAAAAUAAGGGCAAAGUUUAUAAGAGAGGUUACGAUACUAUGGAUGUAUGGUUUGAUAGCGGAACAUCAUGGAUGAUGUUGAAGGGUCUUCUUGACAAUAUUAGGGAUUCCAAACGGCCUCUUGCGGAUGUUUAUUUGGAGGGUAGUGAUCAACACAGGGGUUGGUUUCAAUCAUCAUUACUGACAUCCAUCGCUGUCACAAAGAAGGCGCCAUAUGGUACUCUGAUUACGCAUGGCUUUGUAUUAGACGAAAAAGGGCAAAAAAUGUCAAAGAGUUUAGGAAAUACGCUAGAGCCCAGCUUUAUUACUGACGGGGGAAAGGAUAAAAAGAAGAAUCCUGCAUACGGAAGUGAUGUGCUUCGCUUCUGGGUAGCGAAUUGUGAGUAUACCCAUGAUGUUAGCAUAGGGCCAUCUAUAAUAGCUCAAAUAUCUGAUAACCUACGAAAAAUCCGUACAACUGCCAAGUUUCUGCUUGGAAACCUUCAAGACUUUAACCAACAUAACUAUAUCAGCUUUGAGAACCUUCAAGAGGUUGACAAAUACAUGCUCAACGAACUGUACAAGUAUAACAAUCGUAUCACUCGAUCGUAUGAAGACUAUGCUUUUAACAGAGCUGUACAGACUAUACAGAAUUUUACAAAUACGACCUUAUCAUCCUUUUACUUUGAUAUCAUCAAGGAUAGACUGUACAAUGAAAAGAAGGACUCAGCUUCCAGACGAGCGGCACAAACAGUACUUUACGAGAUCCUUCAGUCCUAUACGAAAUCAUUAGCCCCGUUCAUCUGUCAUACAGCGGAAGAAAUUUAUGAAAACUACAAACAAAUUACUUCUAAACCUGAAUCAUCCGUUUAUAAAACAGGAUGGUUGAUAUCAAGGAGUCAAUGGAAUAACGAGGAACUCAUGAAUAAAUGGGCAACGCUAUUGAAAUUGAAAGCUGAGGUUAACAAAGCUUUAGAAUUUGCACGUCAAGAAAAACAAAUUCGAAGUUCUCAAGAGGCGGACAUAACGCUGGGCGUAGGCAAAGACAGUCCACUACAUAAAGCAGUAAUGUCUCUAACAGCCUCGGAGCUAUCAUCAAUAUUGAUGGUAAGUCAAGUCAACGUAGUUGAAGACGUACAAAAAGCAGCUUUAAACAGCAUGACCUUCAGAAAGUCCUCUAUUGAAGGUUUGUAUUGA